AUGACCUCUCAGCCAGAUCUGAUCGCGCAAGCCGUGCUGCAGCAAUUUGACAAGCUCCCUGCGAAAAGGAAACCCACUGUUCGCGACAAUGGCCUUCAUGAGUGGGUGCCGUUGAGCGGCAUCGUUGCCGAACGGGAUGGCAUCCUGACCUGCCUGGCUCUAGCAACAGGCAUGAAGUGCCUUCCGGUGUCGAAAGUAGCAGAGUCCAAUGGUGUAGGCAUUCAUGACUGGCAUGCCGAAAUACUGGCCAUAAGGACCUUUAAUCGUUUCUUGCUCGAUGAGUGUAAGAGCCUCCUCGACAAGGAUGGCGGCUCUAGUAUCCUGCGUAGGACGCAGAGAACCACAGCCAAGGAGGGCGACAUGUCAUUGAAGCCAUUCGAGAUUAGAGAUGACGUAAAGCUUCAUAUGUAUUGUUCAGAAGCACCAUGUGGUGAUGCCAGUAUGGAGCUCACAAUGGCUGCUCAAGAAGAUGCUUCACCAUGGCCAACUCCAGCUGCAACAGAACUUGACUCAGUUGACGAGAGAUGUCUGCCAGGACGAGCUUACUUUUCUCAACUCGGCGUUGUCCGUCGAAAGCCAGCUCGAGGAGAUGCACCUCCCACCCUGUCCAAGUCCUGCUCUGAUAAACUCUCCCUCAAGCAGUGUACUUCACUCCUCUCAUCUCUGACCUCUCUUUUCAUCGACCCGUCAAACGCAUACAUCCACAGCAUCAUAUUACCGAAAUCGCAGUAUUCUGCUUCGGGAUGCCGGCGUGCCUUCUCAGCGAAAGGUAGAAUGAGCCCUCUCGCUGGUAGACGGUGGCGGGGAGAGUAUGCAUUUAGAGAGUUUGAGGCCAUUACAACAGAACUGGAGUUUGAGUUUUCAAAAAGAGCAGUAUCAGCUCGAGCUAUGAAGAUUUCUGCCAGCAAUCUUGCCGCCGCAUGGUCAGAUUCAGGUGUGGAGGAGACCAUCAUCGGUGGUGUGAUCCAAGGUCGGAAGCCCUUCAACACAAAAGGAGCAAGUCAUAUGUCCAGACGAAGAAUGUGGGAGACAGCAAGAGAGCUUUCAAGCAGUCUGGAGAAUGCAGGCUACGCACCCAUCCACAUGGGAUGCGGCACAUAUCAUGACAUAAAGGAAGGUCCAUUGCUUGCCCAUAGGAGACAGGCAAAGCAGGAGGCUCGACAGACGGCCUUGACAGGGUGGACGAGAAACGACGGAGGGUCAGGUUUCCAACUAGAAGAGCGUAGUCAUGAUUGUCAUCAUUAG